UCCGCACCUAGUCCUCUGCUCGUCCUCAUCCACUUCCCCCUGUCUCUGUUCCAAUCCACCGACAGAAGCAAUGUCGAGGGAGGAGGCGGGGGGCAGCCCGGGGCAGCUGAGCCUCAGCAGCUUCAGCUCCCUCUUCUCCGUCUCCAGCGCCACCAGUACCCCGACUCCACACCUGCCGCCGCUGCCAUCCCUCUCCCUCAGCAUCGGCGGCGGCGGCAACGACGAGCAGCCGCCGCUCUCCAGCAGCAGCGCCGUCAACCAAGAGGAGGACGAGCAGCGCAGCGUCCGGAUGAUGAAGAACAGGGAGUCGGCGCUGCGGUCGAGAGCGAGGAAGAGGGCGUACGUGCAGGAGCUCGAGAAGGAGGUCAGCCGCCUCGUCGACCACAACCUCAAGCUCAAGAGACAGUGCAAGCAGCUCAAGACGGAGAUGGCUGCGCUGGUCCAGGCCCAGCAGCAGCCAAGCAAGAGCCCGCAGUACAGAAGAACCCCCUCCUCAUCCACUCACUUGUAGCCAACUUGGAUCUAUCCGUCCGGGCUUAGAUGUCUUCUUUGCCUUUUUGUUUUUCUGCUUCAGUUAAGCCUCAAAGUGAUUUUGUUCCUGAGAUGGUCAAGAACAAAUUUCGCCAAAUAAUUUGCAGUGGCCACGGAGAAUUGAAGAAAUUAAACACCUGCAUAUCAUUCGAUUGCACUUA